AACUGGACAUGGACUGGACAUGGACUGGACAUGGACUGGACAUGGAGUACUCUCAGGUGCUGGUAGAGGAGGCGCUGGCUGACCUGGUCCAGACCCACCUGAGGUCAGACGAGUCCUGCUCCCACCAGCUCACCCUGUGCUGCCCACUGUUCACCCUACCUGUGGUGCCACCAAGGCCUUCUUCGCUAAUCAGAAAUGACCUUCCUUCUGAACCCUGUACUAGGGUUGCAAAAUGAAGGUAACUUUCCAUAAAUACGCUGGUUAACCAGAAAUAAUGGUUGGAGGAUUCCAGUUACUGGAAUUUUGGCACCUGUACCCUCUACCCAUCUGUUACUA